AGGAUAAAGCCUCUGAGAUAAAAGGAAUAAUAAUGCUUCAGGAGCAAAAUCAGGAGCUGCACCACAGUCUUCUCCAGACGGCCAUGAGGAUGGAGUGCAUGGGAGAGGAGUUCAAGAGCAGUCACGAGCUCCUGGAGUCAGAACUGCAGAGGACCCACGUGGAGCUGACCAGCCUGCUGGAUAAAUUCAAAAGACUUCAGGAUAACUAUUCCUCCACCCAACAGACCAACAAUCUCCUGGAGCGUAAACUGCAUUCAGUGGCUCAGAACAUGGAUGGGGACCGUGAGCGUCUGAACCAGCGCAUCUCGGCCCUCACGGAUCAGCUGGCCAAAGCCAGGACCACCAUCCACAGCAUGGAGACCAUACACGUAACGCCAGUCCUGCAGGAAGAACUUGAAAAGCAUUUCCAGUCCGAUUCCAUCAAUCAAUUUGUCAUCCCUGUGGCUCCUCCUCCCCCCCAGUUCAUGGACGGCCGUAACUAUGGAAAGGUCAUGGCGAUGGGCGAGGACCAAUACCUGGGACCUGUUCCAGAGGAGGAGGAAUCCGAUUGGUCGGAAAUGGGGGAAGAGGCUCCUCGGUGCGGAGUGCGGGGGUCAUGUGUUGGUUUCCAUGGGGACACUGCAUUUUUACCCUGGAGGCAGGCGCAGGGCCACUGGGCGGGUCAGGGGGAGGGCGACACCGACAGCGGGUCUGGGAGUGAGGAUGUCGUCAAAGAAAACCCUCCGACCUCCCUGAAGAUACCACACCUCCAGUUCACCAUGCACCCUGAGAGUGCCCAAGGCCCAGGGACAGAGGGUUGCUCCGUCGGCUUCAACAACCCGCCCGCCAGUCUGAAAUGCGAGGGAGGGUACAGGGUCUCCACCAUCCGACGACUAGGCUCCCCUGUCCGCGUGCUGUCGGCCAGCCUGGAGGAGAUCUCCACGGGCCGAGCCCCACAUCACCGCCCAGGGGAGCAGGGCCUGCUGAGGGGCACGGAGGCCAUGCUGGACCUCCACCACCCCGAUGAGGGAGCCAUGGAGGACUUUGACGACGACGAGAUCAUCCACAACUGGAGGACCAGGGGAGACCGGGGCCUGGGGGGAGAGGGAGGGCUGGAGGCCAGGGGGGCGGAGGACGGGACCAACCUGGUCAACUUGCAGUCGGCCCAGAGGAUGCUCAACCACUUCAUCUCCCAGCUGCAGCCCGGGGAGGGGGACGGGGAGGAGCGGGGGGGGAGUGCGGCUGGAUAG